GAUCUGUGUUCCUCCCCUUCUCACCUCCCCUCUCCCCAGUCUGCCGAUUCUCUGCUGCACUGCAGCCUCUCAGCCAGCACCAAAGGGCUGUAGCACUUCGCCUGCUUCUCCCCGGGAUUAGCACUGCUGUCUUGGUGCCUAGUCUUGUUCCCCCCAUUCUCAGUGCUUUGGUCAAUGCCUUUCCUAGGAGCCAGGCUCACUGCUCUCCCCCCUCCCCUGUGCAGAUAUGAUUGUGGGAGGUUGUGUCUGCCUCGUUUCCCCCCUGGACGUGGGGCAUCUGAAUGCUGAAACUGACAUCAACUAGAAAAGACUCAACAGGGGGAAAUAACAAGUGGAGGGAGAAGGGGGUGGGGGGAGGUGGGUGACAUUGAUUCACAGGGGAGGAGGUCCCAACAGUUCUGGAUUCUCUGGAAUUCACUGUCUUUUUUCACGCUCUGAUCUCCCAUCUGGAUCCAAACCAGAUUGGGGUGGAAGCUGGAUUGUGACCCCCUUCUCUUAGGGGGGUUCCUGUGGGUCCUGUGGAUUGUGCUAACCCGCAGCUUUGGACUCACCAUGGAGUCAGUGGAUAAGGAGUGUGGGGCACUGGGAGGUCUUUUCCAGGCCAUCAUCAAUGAUAUGAAGAAUUCCUAUCCCAUCUGGGAGGAUUUUAGUUCAAAAGCCACAAAACUACACUCCCAGCUCAGGACUACAGUGCUGGCUGCUGUUGCCUUUCUUGAUGCCUUCCAGAAAGUGGCUGACAUGGCGACCAAUACUCGAGGAGCCACCCGUGAUAUUGGAUCAGCACUCACCCGGAUGUGUAUGAGACAUCGAAGCAUAGAGAGCAAGCUAAGGCAUUUCACAAAUGCUCUCAUGGAAAGUUUAAUAAAUCCACUUCAAGAACGAAUAGAAGAUUGGAAAAAAACAGCAAAUACACUGGAUAAAGAGCAUGCCCGAGAAUACAAACGGGCACGUCAUGAAAUCAAGAAGAAAUCGUCUGACACUCUAAAGCUACAGAAGAAAGCUCGCAAAGAAGUUCUUGGAAAGGGUGAUCUGCAGCCCCAGUUAGACCAUGCACUGCAGGACGUCAAUGAUAUGUACUUGCUACUGGAGGAGACUGAAAAGCAGGCAGUGCGCAGAGCGCUAAUUGAGGAGCGCGGGCGCUUCUGUUCUUUCAUUACACUGCUGCAACCUGUGGUGAAUGGAGAGAUUCACAUGCUGGCAGAGGUCACCCACCUGCAAGCUAUCAUUGAGGACCUAGUGGUGCUGACUGAUGAACCUCACAAACUGCCUGCAGCCAGUGAACAGGUUAUUACGGACCUAAAAGGAUCAGACUAUACAUGGUCCUACCAGACACCUCCCUCGUCACCGAGCAGUUCUGGGUCCCGCAAAUCCAGCAUGUGCAGUACAAAGACUACCCCUUCAUGGCCUGCUGCCGCGCACCCACACUCACCGGGUUCCGCGUGUCGCUAUCGCAGCCUUCCGCAGGCCACUGGGGGCCCCCAGCGCUUGGUCAGUGUCUCCUCACAUGAUUCUGGAUGCAGUUCACAUGAAGCCAGUUAUUCGAAGCCACCAUCGCCAAUGCCAUCUGACAUCACUAGCCAGAAGUCUUCUAGUUCUGCAUCUUCAGAAGCUUCAGAGACUUGCCAGUCAGUUAGUGAGUGUAGCUCACCCACCUCCGAUUGGUCCCGCUCUGGCCCUUAUGAAACACCACCUGCUACUUCCCUUCAGCGCAGGAAGGACAGAGUUGAACAUUUGCGGGAGGCAGAACUUGGCCCAGGGUACCAGAGCAUGGAGGAUCCUUACCGACCCCGCAUGUCUCCUGCCGUUAUUGCUGCUAAGCAUGGAGAAGAAGUGUCCCCUGCAGCCAGUGACCUAGCAAUGGUUUUGACUCGUGGCCUGAGCCUAGAGCAUCAGAAGAGUAGUCGCGAUUCCCUGCAAUACUCCAGUGGCUACAGCACCCAAACCACCACUCCUUCCUGCUCAGAGGACACUAUCCCAUCACAAGGGUCUGACUAUGACUGUUACUCAGUAAAUGGAGAUGCCGAUGGCGAUGGAUCUGGUGAAUUUGACAGGUCCUCCACUGUCCCUCGGAGUAGCAGCCUGGCACAGAACUACCGACGUAUGCUUCAAACCAAGCGCCCAGCCUCAACAGCAGGUCUACCCAGUGCCAUUCCUCCUUCUGGAUCUGCACCACCUCCGCCACAAGCAGCUUCUACUCCUGGCGUGGCAACCAUUAGACGUACUCCUUCCACAAAGCCCACUGUUAGACGCACCCUGUCCAAUGCUGGACCCAUUCCAUGCCGCCCUCCAAUUGUGCCAGUGAGAACCCCCACAGUGCCAGACUCUCCUGGAGGGGGGCUUGGUGGACGGUCACGUGUGGGAAGUGAAGAGUGUGUCUUUUACUUGGGUGGGGAUGAUGGUAAUCCCCUUGACUAUGCCAAAUCAUCACCAAAAAGGCUCAGUUUACCCAAUGCAGCCUGGGGUGGCACAGGGGAAAUGUCUGUUUAUGGAGGAGGUGGGGGGGAGGAAGAGGAGAUGGGAGGGGGGCUCUUGGCUGCUAAUCGACACAGUCUGGUGGAAAAAAUUGGUGAGCUAGUAGCUGGGGCACAUGCUCUUGGUGAUGGUCAGUUUCCAUUCCCAUCAGCACCAGAUAAAAGUCAGAGCCCUGCUCCAGCAAGUGGGGGGGCUGCAUCAGAACCUCCAGCAGGUGACAUGCUGGCAUCCAUUCGUAGAGGGGUACGGUUACGCCGGACCCUCACCAAUGACCGUUCUGCUCCCCGCAUUUUGUGAUUUGGUUUGGUGGGGUAGUUAUUAGGAUUGGUGCUCUGAGGGGGGAAGGAAAGAUUAUGAUGACAAAUACUGUGAUGGAGGGGGCUGCACACCAAUAAACCAAGGGUUGCUUAGACCAGCUGUAGAAGUCUUUAGAUUGGUAACUAACCGAUGAGCAUUUAAUCAAUUCCAUGCUGGAGGAAUGCAACAUAGUUUGCCAUUUUUACCUUAUAGUCUAUUGGCUUGUGUAAGGUUGUUUUUCAAGUGUGCUACUUACUGUAGUAAAUGGGAGGCUAUGGCAUUUUAAAGUGAAUAGACUGUAAGGCAUCCAUUACUGUCUGCAAAUACCCACACUACAGAAUUACUGCACUUAAGUACAGUAGGUCUCUAGGACAUGCUUUCCUGAGAUAUGAAUUUCUGUUAUUUGGCUGCACUGAACUGGCUAAUUAUGUUAGAGGGAAGCAAGAUCAUUUUCCUUUUGUUGAAAAAACGGUCUUCAUUGGUAUUAAGUUUAAUAGGUAUUGAUAGGUAUGAACAGGUACAACUUCUAUGAACCCUUUAGAGCCUAAGCAUAUUGUUUUAAUGCAAUAAUACCUUUUUUACUUUUAUGUUUACUUUUACCUUUAUGUACCAUCUACUGAGGCAGUAAUACUUUUUUGACCUACUGGUCUUUGCCAUUAGUUGUGCUAAUAGUCAUUGAGAGAACUUGUGAUAUGAUAAAUGAAUGUGAUGUUUUCCAGAGGAUUGGAUGUGGCAAAAUACCCAAGAAUGAGGUUACACCUGCCUGUCUGCCAUCCAGCCUGAAACAUCAUGCCCACAGGCACUGCUUUUCACAGCAAUUAGGGGCCAAAGCUUUCUGUGGCAGCACUUGCUACAAAGAGCAGGCCCAGACCAACAGUCAGAGCAGGUCUGUAAACAAAGUAAAGCUCAGAGCAGGCAGCAAAGGCCCACAGCCAAGCAUAAAAAACAAGCAGUCAUUCAGAAAUAUAGGGCAAUGGUUUUCAGGGGCUGUAAUACACAGACACCAGUUUGGGCAUGGGAGUAAAUCAGGAAAGAGAAGUGAUAAAAUGCAUCCUGGGUGUCCUGAUGAUCACAGUAAGGUACAGGGAAGCCACAGGACAGGCAUGAAGCAGGCACAUCUGAACAGGUAGAAUGAGAGAGGCAUACCAGUAACACAAUAAAAAUAUUAUUCAGUUUAUAUUAAAAAAUUGCCUUUCUUAAAAAAGCUUGUUAGUCACAGACUGCUAAAUAUUCACUAACUAGAUGAAAAACCCUUUAGGCUGUCAAAGUUUGUCUUUAGCAUACAUAGAACAGGAUUUUUAAAUACCUCUACCUUCCAGUAAUAACAUUAGGAUACUUAUAAAUUAUUGAAUAUUGUUUGGCUAUUUACUCAGUGCUUAUUAUUCAGAGUAGCUUAUAUGAGCAGCACUUGCUCUGCAGAGGUCCUUUCCUCCAUUCCAAUAACAUCUUGCUCACUGCAGCCAUAUUUAACAGAGUUUCUCAGCCAGGAAAGCAGUAAGAGACACUAUUCCCACACAGACUGUGCCAUUAGCAUUGGGUGGGUCAUCAUCUUUUUUACACUGCAAAUUGUGUAUGCCUUUUCCUAAUGGGUAAUACUUGUUACUCAAUAUUCCCUUUAUAGGGAUGCUUUGGAAAAUGAAUGCUGCUUAAGGUUCUUCUUUUAAAAAGGAGGUAUGGUAAACCCUUAGUACAGGGAUUCCAAAGAGGUUAUUCCAGUGGGAAGCUAGGGGUUGCAUAGUAAAAAGGGAAAAGUUUCCCCAAGCCCAAUAACCAGCCAACCACAUGAGACUGGAAAAAGGAAUAAAUGUUAAUGAUAAUUAUAUAUAAAGUAUAGAAUAUAAGAAAUUUUCCCAUUCAUUACUAUGGUUUCCAUGUGGAGCACAUGUUUUCAAAUACACUGACAUUUUUUUAUUUUUAUUAAGCAGCUAGAAUUGAUUUGUUUGCUAUGGGCUAAACCUUGCUAACUAUGCCCGUUUGUAUAGAAUUUGUUGUGGAUGUUACUGGGAAGUGUUAAAUUUAGGUUUGAUAUUCAUCCCUUAAGCAAAGUGCAAGUUGCCUCUUUAAAAAUAUAGCAGUAAUGGUCAAGUGGCCUACAGCUACUUGUGUCUGAUUCGGGAAGAUUCAUAGCAGAAUAUGUUAAAAAUCUGAUUCCCAAGGAAAUGGAGAAACAAAGAACCCAGAACAAGUAUCCAUUUAAUAAGGCAGAAGUGGCAGGCUUAUAACUUAGAGUUUUCUUCAGCCCUGCAAGGUAAAAUUACUGGUCGCCUCCUGCCUUGACCAGCUCAAUGUAUACUGUACGCUUUAGGGUACUAGUGGUCCCAGGGCAAUGAUAUUAUUGGUGGGCCUUGCAGGCUUCAGAAGAGAUUUGUGACAGAACUACUCUGAAACAGGUCAACUUAAAUAUAAUGAAGCAGACAAUGAAGGGACCCACAUAUAUCUUUAUUGUAUGUUCAUUGCUGGAAAACAAACAAGCAGAACAUUAUAGCAUACCAAAUUUUCCUUUGGAACUUUCUUCCAAUUUAAAUUAAAGUAAAAAUAAAUAAUGCCAUAAAGCCCCCCCAGCUGAUACAAAUAAAGGGGGUCUGACACUUUAGUAGGAUGCUUAAUGCAAAACUUAUAGCACAUAAAAGGUCUGAUAGUGGGCACCCUAACCUUAUGGCCCUGGGUUAAUGCCCCUUGUUCCUAUUUUUUAAAAUAGCUUGGUUACAAUGUUAAAAUGGUCUGUAAUUUUAGAUCAAUGUUUAAAUGAGAGUGUCUAUGUACAGAUGCACUUAGCAACUGUCUUGCCAGUACUAGCCAGCAGGGCUUCUGUUUAAAGAUAGAAAUUUAAAAAUCAAUAUGCAAUGAAAGUCUUCAGUAGAGUUUCACAGACUAUGACACCAUUUGGGAUAGAAAUGCAUGAGCAUUGUAUAGGCAUAAUUGGUUUGAAAAUCUUCUUUGUAUCUAGACGUUAUAGGGAAAAAUUACUGGCUAUUGUAAAGCAGAAGGAUUUUACAAAUCACCAUGAGUUUGAGGAACACAUGCAGGCACAAGGCUACAGGCUAAAUUAUAAAAUGCCAAGGAUACAUCUAAUAUUUUACAGUAUGAGGUAGUGUAUUUCUCAUACACGUUUCAGUGAGUCAUGAGACCAAGAACCAGUUAUAAGUGAUAACAUCCUUAAGCACCUUUGCCAUAACUAAGCACCUUUUAUAAACAUCUCAGGUUAUUCAUGACCUUUGUAUAUCAGAGAAAUCAACAAGCCACUGAACCCUUGAUCUUCUAAGUGUGAGGUCAGUCACCCAAUGGCAGUUGUUGCCAAAUAGAUAUUAUUUAUGAUUCCUUGUAUUGCUAUUGGAACAUUUUAGCUGAAAAUUAAUUGUGGGGAAUUUUAGGCAGUGGGCAAAUCAAAUUACAGUUUAAUAAAUGCCUCCAAUAUAUGGAGAAGUGUAAUAUAACUAGCUAGACCCUGCAUUUAAUCAUUACUAAGACCCCCCCACCAUCUCCCUUUUAUUGUUAAUUGUGAUGUUCUUUAGAGCAAACCCUAAUUAUUCUCUCUUAUAUAUUCUCUACUACUGGGAUAUGUCUCCUUUGUUUUUACUCCCCUGCACUCUGUGCAGCACUGAUGGCAGUGUUUGUCUGCCUCCCCUGUGUUUAACUACUGCAGGUAGAAUGCAGCAAAGUCUAUCAAACUCACUGGUGAUCACAGAAUAGGAUGUCGCCUUAUUUGCACAUGAUCAGUAAUGCAAUAAGGGACUGCAUUGGAAAUCUUACAACCAGUAAAAACGAGGCUUUAUGCCAACCUUAUUACUAUGGUAAAAAGAGAAACAUUGGAAGGCGCAUAUUUUGUUUUUCUAUAAACAGUGGCACUAAAGAAAUGAUUUUAUUUACCUGAAGGAACUCAUAACAGUCUAUCAAAUGGUAGCUGUGUCUGUGAACAGGCUAUUGAAAAUGAACACAUACAAACAUGCAGAAUUUCAUAGAUAUUGCACUACAAUUUUUACAGUAACUGCUAGAAAUCAUAUGCAUGGUCAGAUGAUCAGGAAGUGUGAUGUGUGUCGCUAAUGUGUUUCCCCCCACAUUACUUUUACUUAUUUGAAGUUUAGACAGUGUUAUGUAGAAAACUGUUUUUUUUUUUACCAGCUUCUUUUAGAGACAAAAACAUUGAACUUAUUGCUUUGCUAAGAUCCGGGUUUUGAUUUUAAGAGUAAGUAAGCCUUAACAUGUAUAUUUAUAUAUGAUUUAGAAAAGUAUAUUUAUGUGUCUUGCCUUAUUUCAUGUUUCAUUUUUAAACACAUUUAGACUUAUUGACCUUUUAAAGACACUGUACUUACCUGUGUAGGCUGAGAGGCAUGAUAAUAAUACUGUCUAGGUUGAUACACUAAUAAUGUCACGUGAUUCCUUAAGGAAAAAUCAUAAAAUACUGAUCUGUUCUGGUAUAUUCACUUUCAGACAAUUUGACUCUGUUUAUUGGAUUAGAUCAAUUAACCCUAAAGCCACACACUGUAGGGGGCAGAAGAAAACAUUAUGUUGGCAGUUUGCAAAGGAGAGGGCCAAAGAGUAUAUACAGUUCAAAAACUUGGACAGUGCAUGUCACUAAUACUCUGUUCUACAUCAUAAAAAUAAAGAAGAAUUGUUAGGAAUUCCAUCAGCUGAAUUUACCAAAUAUCAAGGAAAAGUGAAUACUUUAGUAACAGAUCAAACUGAUAUUCAGAGAAUGGACCUAACAACAUAAAAAGAAGUGCUAUAUGGCAUAGACUUUACCUACAGGAAGAAAUGUUGUUUAUGGAAAAAAAAAUGAAAACCUUGCUGUGGACUGGGGUGAUCAUUUUUAAUAGGAAGCUGUUUACCCUAUAAAAAAAGAAAGAGUUGUUGGUAUGAGAGAUUUUACAUUUCAUGACGGGUUGGUAAUGUUUUUAAGAGCAGGGACUAUUAAAUAAAUUUGUACCUCCCUAGAUUAGCUACCCAUGAAUUGAAAUGGGAAGUUCUAAGCAGAGAGAAUAUUUUUGCUUUACUGCCGGCUGAGCCAAAGGCAGUGGAAGGAAGAUGUUAUUGGUCACAGAGAACCUUAGGAGCAGUGUAGCUAUGAUCUUAAAGCAUCACCUGCUGGCCAGGUGGAGAAUUGCAUUGUAUUUUGCUCUUGUAGCGAUAGCAGAACUUACUGGUUGAAACAAAUACUUGUCUUACAACAAAAUAAAUUAUGUCUUAUGCAAUGUGCUGGAAAGUUAUGCUGGAAACGGAGCUUUUAUUUUAAAAAAGUAAUUUUACAGUGGCAAAUAUUUCCAGAUAUGAACUGAUGUAUUAAGUGGUAAUAAUUGCCAGAUGGUGAUUUACUUGCAGUAGGACUCCCUAUCAGCAUAUGAUGAAUAUUUUUGGCUAUAUUUGCUAAAGUAUGUUUUUAGGUUAUUUAAAACACGUUAAACUCAAGAAUGUCGCACCUCAGCCCUCCAGCAGUUGCUGAACUCCUUUUAUACCAUAGAAGUUGUAGUUUAGCAAUAGCUGGGGGAUGAAGUCUAGACAUCAGUGGUAGAACUGUGAAGAGACACAGAAGAGUGAUUAGUUAACGCGGGCAUUAGCACAAGUUCACGUUACAUUAGUGUGAACAUUAUAAUAUAACACAUUACUUAGUAGCACGGGAAAACAUAUCUGAGUCCCGUAAACCAAAGCGACCAAUGAGCAAUUACCUUUGACUGAUCUACUGCUGUAGGAAUGAUGAAAGCAAAUAUCUGAUUGGUUGAUAAAGGUUACUGGAUCAGGGUACCGUUACGCCUCAUAAUUGUGAGUGAAGGGUUCUUCUACUGUAAUGUUCUUGUUGGGCUGUGUACAAAGGGGGCACCAGGAAAAUUGUGACUGUGUAGUGAAUUAUUUUUAUUGUCCUACGCAACAAUAUAUAUGUUGUGACUAAUCACCCGAGACGCAGAAGAUAGAAUGGAAAAAUGAGUUGGGGUUUUGACCCCUCAUUGUAGUUUAUAUCAGGAGGGGCACAUUUCCAUAUGUAAUUGUACAUAGAUUCCUAAUGUAAGGAAGUUAACAUUUAAAUACACAUGUAACUAAUUGGUGAGUAUAGGUGCGGGCAACCUGUGUAAUUCCAGCUGUGAUAAAUAUCAUUUUUUGUCUGUUGCAAUCAGUCAGAGGCAGAGGAAGAUAACCGUUGUCACCCAAAAAAUGCAGGCAGCCGUACAUUAUUUGGGAUAGUUACAUGUAAUCCUUUACUAAAUUCCAACAUAAUGCUGUGCAAUUAACUCAAGUGCUGUGAGCUUAGGUGCAGCGUGAUGAAAUGAAACUUAGCAGGGCUAUUAAACUGGAAAUUAGCAACAUGCAUUUCUGUCACUCUGCACUUGUUUAUCAUGGUGGGAUCCUCUGCAAGCACUUCAAAUGGCUUCUAGAUGUAUUUUAACAUAGUAUGUCAAAAAUGAUAUAAAGUCUGUAAAAUUAUUGCUACCUAUGUCUGUUUGGAAUUAAUGUCAACCUGUGAUGAUAUGUUUAUUCACAAUACUUUUAUGGAGUAUAUUGCAACAAUCAUACAAGGAAUGAUGAUCAUUACCAUAAAGAAUUGGCAUCACACCCCUCACUGCCAUCUAUUGUGCAUAAAGCUAACGCAGAUCCUCCUGCCAGAAAGACUGAUGGUCAUAAGGCCCUCUGUUAGAAUCUUGCACAGGUUCCAGCAGAGGAACAUCAUCAUUUGAGAAGGUAUUUAGUCCAGCACUAGAUUGUAUAGCACUUAGCUACACGAUUAAAUGUUUAUUUUAUCAUAUUGGGAUGCUUGUCUCCCUUAAACGAGUUUAAGGUACAUUUUGAGUUGUGUGCAUGUAUGUAACUGUUUAAAGUCGAGAGAGAGAAUGAGUUACGUGCUGAAAAGAUUUAUGCGGUGAGGCUACAAUAAUGUUGGGUGGAGUUUUAGAGAAGAGGUAAAUAAAGGGACACAGAGAAUGGUUUUGAUACUUCUUUGAAGGUGAUGUUAUUUGAGUUUGUUUUGAGGGAAUGACCUGAGUAUGUUCAAAAGAUUAAGGUUACAUAGUAAGAAAACAGUGGUCUUCUGUAGGUUUUCUGAAAGGCCUUUUGAAUCUGUCAGAUUGAAAUUGCAAGUUCACUGUCAAAAUAUCUGCAAUAGCAGGUAAGGAUAUGAAAUUACCUAAAACCUGUGCAGCUAAUUUUAAAUAUAGUCCCUACCAGCCAAUAGCAUACACAGGGAUGCAUGAUUGUGGGCCUUCUGUAUUUUUGGCUCAUUUUAUAUAUCCCCCUGACAGAUAUUUUUGGGGUUUAAGUAUAAUAACUCAUAUUCCUACCAGGGAUUACUUUACCCAUGUUGCUGUGCCUAUCAGGGAGCCUAUCUCUACUUGCAUAGAUCAUCUACUGGUAUUUUACCUACCUGACAUAGGCAGAAAACAAUACAGGUAUGGGAUCCCUUAUCUGGAAACCCAUUAUCCGGAAAGUCCGUCUCCCAUAGAGACCCCAUUUUAAUGAAAUAAUACAGAAUUUUAAACUGAUUUCCUUUUUCUCUGUAAAAAUAAAACAGUACCUUGUAAUUGAUCCCAGCUAAGACAUAAAUAAUACUUAUUGGAUGCAAAACAAUCCUAUUGGGUUAAAUUAAUGUUUUAUUGAUUUUUUAGUAGACUUAAGGUGUGGUGAUCCAAAUUACGGAAAGACCCCUUAUCCGGAAUAGCCUUGGUCCCGAGCAUUUUGGAAAACAGGUCCUAUACCUGUACCAGCAAAGAACCUGUGAAUUAAUGCCCUAUUACAUAAGUUACAAGUUCCUAAUCCUUGUAAAUAAACUUGGAAAUGGUGGGCAAAAGAGGCCUACAGAGAGCAAUUUUAGAGCCCAUCAGCUUCUUUUAGGGAAAGGGUAGUUGUACUAUGGCCUUGGCUUAGGGCCUUCCAAAAUGUGUCAGAACUGUAGGUCUAAUUCUUCCAGUUGCAUUUUAAUAUUGAUUAUCAUCUUGUAAGAGGAUAAUCUAUGCUACAACCUGGAAUAAAAUGCUUAUUAGGCCCAGCUAGUUUGAUAAAUCUACUGGCUGAAUACAUAUAUAUAACAAAGCACCGUCUUGCUCACCGGGCAGCCUUCUAUACUUUAUAGAAAUGGCAAACUUUAUAUGGUGAAAAAGGGAACGUUAAUAAACUUGAGAAAGUUGUUUUGGGAAGGUUGUGAUGCACAAAUGCUAAGAUAUUCUGUAGUAAAAUUGUAUAAGGUGAUUUCUCUCUGGUAUGAAAAAUAUAAGAGUAUUACAUUUCUUGCUGAAGUGGGGUUGGCCUAAACUGCAUGCUGUAGAUCACAAGGUUUCACAUAGGUUUUAGAGAGAAUUUGGUUGUUGCUUUCGAAGUUGUAGGCUGGUUUGCAGGACAAACUAUCUCAAGCCAAGGUUGCUGCCUUGAAAUAAUUGAGACCUUUUUAUCUUUUAAUAUACCCACUGUAGGUGUAGUUCAGUAUGAUGUGCCAGAUGUGUCCAUUCCUGCAGAAUGAGCGCAAAAUGUUUUUUUUGGUGCCUAUUGUUAAGGUUUAUAAUGGACUGGGUUGACUGAGUGUUCUAGAUCCUCCUCUUUGAAUAUCCAAAAGUAGUAGGAUACCAAGAAAAAGGAAACUCAAGCACAAUAUGCUUUCCUCCCUCACCUUGUUACUGUAUCCUCUCGGCACAUUUCCCUUCUAUCUCCCACCACUCAUCUCCAUGUGUCUCCCUUUAUAACAGCCCUGAUACUGAGAGGGUGUGUUUGUGUCAGAUUCCUUUACAAAGUUUCCCUUUACGUGUAUCUAUAACACAAAGCACUGUUGUCCUUGUACAAAGAAGACCUCUUACACUGGAUAUGUGUGUCUGCAUAUGUAAGCGUGUCAGUCACACCCCUGUUACUUUAACCUGUUUCUCACCGGGCAGAACAAGUCAUCUGCUCUUUUCCACAUGUCUUAACUUCAUUUUGUACAGAUGUUAUAAAAAAAAAAGUAAAUAAAAUAUUAAACAUCGAGUACCAUGAAUUGAAGAUUGUCUUAAUGUGUCUUCAGCUGUGCUAAAUUUUUCUGCUCUUGCUGUUAACUGUUUUUCUAUUUUGUUUUUAAAUUAUUUGAGUUGCACUCCUGUUAAAUCUCCUCACUCACGCCUUUUUUUAAGUCCUUCUUUUGAUAUUCAUCUUUCCUUUCUUGCGCAGUAUAGCGCUGUUUGGUAACUCUGCACUGUGACGAUCCAGUAUUAAUAAAACUUUUACUGUAAGAAUUA